UUCUGACGUUUCGUGUCGGAUUUGUGAAAGAGGUGGAUCGCCAGUUUUUUGUUCGACACGAAGAUAAAAACACUCAAUUAAAAUAUCACAUAUAGUGUAAUUAAAUCAAUGCAAUUGUGUUCACAGUUUUGAUUAUGAAACCUUUAAUAGAUUUCGAUGAGUGCCUCAGAGAUUCGCCGAAAUUUCGAGAACAGCUGGAAACGGAGGAGGCGAGUAUCGACGGCUUGGAGUUGAAGCUCGAUAAAGUUCUCAAGGCAUGUUCAGUCAUGAUAGAUUCAGGAAAAACGUACAUGACUCAUCGAGGUGCUUUCACAAAUGCACUUUGGGACCUGAGUGGUUACUUCUCGGAGGACCCCACGGUGAUAGCCACGCUGAACCGGAUGAUCCAUGCACUGCAGGAAAUGAACAAGUUCCACUCCAUACUCUUGGACCAGGCCUCCAGGACUGUACUCAAGAAUCUCACAGCUUUUAUUAAAGUAGAUAUUAAGGGUGUGAAGGAGAGCAAACACCAUUUCGACAAAAUCUCAAAUGAUCUGGAUCUAGCUUUAAAUAGGAACUCACAGGUGUCAAGACACAAACCGACCGACGUGGAGGAGGCGGUGAAUCUCUUACUGGCCACGCGCUCCUGUUUCCGUCACACGGCGCUCGACCAUGUCCAGAAAAUCACCAUGCUGCAGGCGCGAAAGCGCCACGAGAUAUUGGCCACUUUCCUGUCGUACAUGCAGGCGUGCUGCACGUACUACCACCAGGGCGCCGACUUGUCUGAGGAUCUGGAGCCUUUCCUCAAGUCUACCGCUGACGAGGUGUCAACAAUGCGUAACGACACUAAAAUAUUGGAUAAAGAGAUGGAAAACCGGCAUACAAUCGUGAAUAGUAAGGACAGUGUGUUACCAAGCUGCAAGCCCCCUGAUGGGAACUGUAAAGAUGGACUGCUUAGUACCCCUUGCUUGAAAAGCUUGCCGAAAAUGCAAGGGUAUCUUUUCAAAAGGACUUCAAACGCGUUUAAAACAUGGAAUAGACGCUGGUUCUACUUAUAUGACAACCGAUUAGUCUACAGGAAAAGGACAGGAGAGCUGAAUGUGACAGUGAUGGAAGAGGACCUACGAUUGUGCACGGUGAAGCCGGUACUGGACGGCGAGCGUCGGUUCUGCUUCGAAGUGCUUUCACCCUCCAAGAGCCACAUGCUACAAGCGGAUUCCGAAGAGAUGCUCGCGUCCUGGAUCGCAGCUUUACAGCACGGGAUCCGGUCUGCCAUACAACAAGGUCGCAGCCGCGACGACUCAAGGGUCCAGCACGACGCACCUUCUCUGGAAACCAUGCCUCCUGGCAUGAGGAAGAUCAGGAUAUGGGAGCAACUGCUGAAUAUUCCCGGCAAUAACUUCUGUUGCGACUGCGGCGGCCCCAACCCGCGCUGGGCCAGCAUCAACCUCGGCAUCACACUUUGUAUAGAAUGCUCGGGCAUACAUCGAUCUCUUGGAGUACACGUCAGCAAAGUAAGAUCUCUUACACUCGAUGAUUGGGAACCUGAAAUCAUAAAGGUUAUGGCAGAGCUGGGCAACAAAAUAGUGAAUCUAAUCUAUGAAGCUAACACAGAAGGGAGUACUGUCACCAGAGCAACGCCGGAUUGUGAAACCGCGGUGCGCGAAGCCUGGAUCCGCGCGAAGUACGUGUCGCUGUCGUUCGUGAAGGACAUCACGGCGGCGCGGCUGGACGCGGCCGCCAGCGAGCCGGCGCCGCGCCGCUGCCGCAGCCGCUGGUCCGUGCGCCGCGCCCGCCGCAGAGUCCGUGCUCCGCCAGCAGUCCCUGAAACCAUACCUGACGAAAAAAGUGACGCUAACAGUAACACGAGCGAGAGCUCGACGAAGUCCGGAUCGGGUGAAAACAGCCCGGUUCUUCUCAUCGGGUCAGAGUUGGCCAGUGAGCGGCAGGUUAAUCUCACCCUCAGCCUGCCCUCCGACCACGACUCUACCGAGGGCGAGGAUGAAGACGACCUGGAAGCGGAGGAGAUCUCGUCGCUGUCUGCGCAGGCGGUGCUGUGGCGGGCGGCGCGCGCGCACAACGUGCCGGUGAUGCGCGCCGCGCUGGCCGCGCGCGCCGACGUGCACGCGCCCGGCGCGCGCCGCCGAGUGCCGCUGCACAACGCCGUGCUCAGUGGUUCCGUGAUGGCAUGUUCGUUCCUGCUGCUAAAUGGUAGCAAGCUAAACCCGCAGGACGAGGACGGCAAGACGCCGCUCCACCUCGCCACCGAGGCCGGACACACCGCCCAGGUUGUCCUUUUAUUACGGUACCGAGCAGAUCAGUCAAUAGCGGACCACGAAUCACAGACGCCGUUGGACAUCGCCGUCAGCCACGCUAACGCCGAUAUCGUCACCUUGUUACGGCUAACAAAGCUGAACGAGGAAAUGCGCGAAUCCGAGAUGUCGUCUAACGAUGACACGUAUAACGAGGUGUUCCGCGACUAUACCCAGCUCGCUCACUCGCACCCGGAGCGGCUAGUGCGAGCGAGACACAACAACAACGAGGGAGAACAGCCUAGCGAAUGACGCAGCGGGGCCGCGCGGCGGCGUUGGCUGUGGUAACGACUGAACGGACCGGGCUUGGAUUCCAGCCCCCGUUUUAAGGUUGGGCUAUACCCUCCUAAGGCCUAAGGCCCUACUUAUACUACUUCUUCAGUUCGAUGAAAUUUAAACCAUAUUCAAAUGGAACAGAGUUGCAUUUCUUUUGUUUCGUUAAAUGUUAAAACAAAUAAAAUUCAACCCUAUUUCCUGCACUAUAGGUUCAUAUUGACAAUUUGGGUUUCGCAUUUGUAUGGCUGGGCCUUAAGAGGAUACCGUAGACUAGAGCAAACAGCUUGUGCAUGUAUUACACUCAAACGUUCAUUUAGUAUUUUGACCAUCACGACUAUUUUUAACAUAAUAAAAAAAAUGGCUGCGGCUAUAAAUUCGUCUGUAUGUAUGUUAUUCGAUUAUUAAUCAUGAAUUGUUUUUAUAACACAAAAUAGGAAACCUAUUUGGCAAUGUAAUGUACCCUUAGACCUUAGAGGAUAUAACCAAACGGAGUAGCGAACAGGCGUUCCCCUCUGUCGAAAAUAGACGGCCAUUAGUCAUACAUAUUGUAUGGACUGACGUUUAUCCGACAUGGCUAUUUUUACGUUUCGUAUACAUUUGACGUGCCACUCCCCCAAAAAUCGGCAGACGGUUUUGUACAGAAAAUUACAGGCAAGGCGUCUCCGUUUGGUUAUAUCCUCCAAGAAGGUACAGUCAACUGUAAAAAUAUGUGUGUAGCCAACUUAUUCAUAAAUAUGUCCCAUAGUUCUUAAUUCGCUGACAUAAGAGCUAUGGGACAUAUUUUUGAGAUGAUUUGUGCACCCAUAUUUUUACAGUUGACUGUACCUGAUGUCGUGUAUAGCCGACCGUGGCGUCGGCAAGGUUAAAUUAUGUAUUUUUCUCCAUAGAUCAAAUUGAGCGAUACACAAAAUGGCUUUAAAAAUCUAAUAGUUAACUUAUUAGCUAUGUAUUGCAGUCGCAUUUGGCCGUAUUUUAUAUACGUACCGAUUAGAACACAAUUUCAUUCAGUGUCAUAUUAAGUAUAUCUUAUAAUUUCUUUUGGCGGAAAACUAGAAAAAAUACAAUCUUUAUUGAUUCAUGCUUUAUUUAAGCCAGUGAAUAUAUCAGUCACACGUGAACGCAUCAAAGCUUAUUGCUACAUUUUCAUUUUCAAAAUGCAGGCAACCUAAAUAUGCUUUAAUCUAACAAAAAUGUGCAUACUUAACUUCCUUUUUUUCGUUAUUAUGAUUACAUAAAUUAAUAUACAGUAGUGUAUAAAAUAUAUAUAAAAUCGCUUGUGUAUAUGUUUUAAUCAAAUAUGCGUUGUUGGCAGUAUGUCUUAAAUGGCGGAAAGAGUGUCUAUAGAUUAUUGUCUCAUUUCAAACGUUUGUUUAAAAUAAAUACAAGCUAGGUUUGGCUGUUCGUAAUUAGACUGUGUUAGAAUAUUUAAUAAUAUUGACAUUAAAUUCAUUAUUAUUGUAUGUUUCGAUAUUAUAAUUUUAUCGCAUUCCUUGGUUCCAAAUUGGUAUUUUGAUUUGAUUCUCCAUCUAGCCAUCUGUAUGUGAUCAAAUAACUGUUCAGGAUUUUAGCAUUUCCGUACUAGAAAAAAAAAAUUGAAAAGACCAAUGACCGACCUUUUACGGAAAAUAUUUCGCAAAACGUCAUUGAAUUUACGUUCGUAAACCGGUUUUUACUUUACUUAUACAAAAAAUUCUGAAUGAAAAUUAAGACUUAAGUGAUUAGUUAAUUGCUUCUAAAUGUUGAGUGUUUCGUAUUAAGUACUGAUAUUUUAGAUAAGAUAUGAAAUGCAUUUUGUUAAAAGUAUUAUAUGUUAGUGUAUAUCUUCCAGUUUCCUAGAAACUAACGAAUUUUUUGUAGCGAUCGUAAUUUGAUAUUACAUAUUAUAAGGUGAAUUACUUAUUUCAAUCGGUGCCGCGGUGUCCGUUUAUUAAGAGACCUCAGAGCAUAGUCUAAUAAAACAUGGUCUUCUCCUAGAGUGCCACAAGCCUACGUCACAAUAACAUUGCCACUUUAUAUAGCGCUAUUGCAUAUUAUUAUAUAGCGCUGUCCCAUGAUGACGUAGGCUUGUGUCAGUCACGUGGUCGGAAGAGAGUACCAGGUGGAGUAUAUUAUUAUACCAUGACCUCAGAGCAUAUUGCAUAUUUGAGCGUGAUGCACGUAUAACCUGUGCUAUGUGUGGGGGUAAAGAACUUUCCGACACAACCUCAAUACUAAUCGGCCGGCAUGCCCGAUCUCCUUAUAUUCU